GGCCUGCUUCUCCCCAGCGUAAAGCGGUGCGCGGCUGCGAAGAGCGUUCCCGGGAACCCCUCGGCUUUCCCGUGCGGCGCCGCCUCCCGCUGCGCCUCCGCCUCCUCUUCUCCUCUGCAGCCGGCUUCCUCUUUCUCAGCGGUCAUCCCGCGUGCCGACCGGCUCCGUUAUGGCGACCUGCAGCCCCAGCGUCGUGAUUAGUGAUGAUGAACCAGGUUAUGACCUCGAUUUAUUUUGCAUACCUAAUCAUUAUGCUGAGGUUUUGGAAAAGGUGUUUAUUCCUCAUGGACUAAUUAUGGACAGGACUGAACGGCUUGCUCGAGAUGUGAUGAAGGAGAUGGGAGGCCAUCACAUUGUAGCCCUUUGUGUGCUCAAGGGGGGUUAUAAAUUCUUUGCUGACCUGCUGGAUUACAUCAAAGCAUUGAAUAGAAAUAGUGAGAGAUCCAUUCCUAUGACUGUAGAUUUUAUCAGACUGAAGAGCUACUACAAUGACCAGUCAACAGGGGACAUAAAAGUAAUUGGUGGAGAUGAUCUCUCAACUUUAACUGGAAAGAAUGUCUUGAUUGUUGAAGAUAUAAUUGACACUGGCAAGACAAUGCAGACCUUGCUUUCCUUGGUCAAGCAGUAUAAUCCAAAGAUGGUCAAGGUCGCAAGCUUGUUGGUGAAAAGGACCCCUCGAAGUGUUGGAUACAGGCCAGACUUUGUUGGAUUUGAAAUUCCAGACAAGUUUGUCGUAGGAUAUGCCCUUGACUAUAACGAAUACUUCAGGGAUUUGAACCAUGUUUGUGUCAUUAGUGAAACUGGAAAAGCAAAAUACAAAGCCUAAGAUGAAAGUUCAAAUAGAGUUUGAAACAUCUGGAGUCCUAUCGACAUCAACAAUAAAAUUAUCAAACAUUCUAGUUCUGUGGCCAUCUGCUUAGUAGAGCUUUUUGCAUGUAUCUUCUAAGAAAUUUAUCAGUUUUGUACUUUACAAAUGUCACUUGCUACAUUCCUGAACUCUUUUAUUUGUACUAUGAGCCUAUAGUUUAUCGGUUCCCUUUGGGUGGAUUGUGAAUGAUAAAAAUCUCUUCAACCAUACCACUAUCAAACAAAGUAUUAAAAUUGUAUCUGUAAGAAACAAAGAGAAGAUAUAUUAGUUUUUUAAUUGGUAUUUUAAUUUUUUAUAUAUUAAAGACAGAAAUGAUUGACUAUUGUUAAUUAUACCACCGAGUAUUCAGAAAGUUAAGCAGCAGCCAUGUUUUGAUAAGUGACAGCAUCUAAGAAGGUUUUGUUCUUUUACACAAACCAAUAUCCUGGAAUUACCUUAGCAGUCUUUCCGUAGUAUUGACUAUAUUUUCCCACUUGUUCAUAUUAUUACUAGUGAAUCUUUGUUGGCAGUUACUUUUAAAUGCAGUUCAAUAAAUUUUAAAAAAAUUA